CGGCCACAUGUGAAUGCUCCCUUGGUUUGUGACAAAUGUGCAAAGUUGUUAGGCGAUUUUGUUUAGGAAAAUCAUAAAAUCCGUUUUGUCGAAGAGCUGCCCUUUGGUUCGUUUACUUCUUUAUCUAAUAACUUCGAACGAGUACAUACGUGAUGAAUUUUGCAGCAACGAAAUUUCUGCACGCGUGAGGUUUGAACUGUUGAAUCAGGAGCGGUCUGAGGCAAAUGAGCGAUGCAUUGUUGGUACUUUGAUAAGAAAGAGCUGCUCAACACUCCAUCUGCCAAAGAUGGCAUUGAUGCGGACACUGAGAGCCGGUACAAGCGCGAGGGCGCUAGGUACAUCAUCAGCUGUGGCACAACGCUCGGCCUCCGAUACGAUACCAUGGCCACAGGUGUUGUCUACUUCCAUAGGUUUUAUAUGUUCCACUCGUUUAAAGAUUUUCCACGAUAUGUGACUGCAGCAUGCUGCCUGUUCCUGUCUGGGAAGGUUGAAGAGACGCCCAAGAAGUGCAAAGACAUCAUAAAAACAGCUCGAGCUCUGCUAACCGAUGUCCAGUUUGCACAGUUUGGUGAUGAUCCAAAAGAAGAGGUGAUGACACUGGAGAGAAUUCUACUGCAGACGAUUAAGUUUGACCUGCAGGCAGACCACCCUUACGCAUAUCUGCUGAGAUAUGCCAAAGGUUUUAAAAUUGUAGACAAAGCGAAGCUUCAGAAGAUGGUGCAGAUGGGGUGGACCUUUGUCAACGACAGUCUGUGUACAUCGUUGUGUCUUCACUGGGAACCAGAGAUCAUAGCCAUCGCACUGAUGUAUCUAGCCUCGCGUCUCUGCAAGCUAGAGAUCACAGACUGGGUGGGAAAAACAAGCAAGCAGGUGAAGUGGUGGGACCAGUACGUGGAAAAUUUAUCCAUGGAACUGCUAGAAGAUAUCUGCCACGAAGUAUUAGAUCUCUACUCUGCGUCAAAGAACGAAGACCCGGCCCAGUCUCCUCCGAGAACACCUCCGGCUCUGAAGAGAAGACCCAGCACACCGCCACCGCAGCUAACACCCGGAAAGAUUAUUAAGCAGGACCAGCAACAGCAGCAGCAGCAACACAUGCCACAAGAAUCAAGGCAAAGCACUGCAGGAGUCCCACCGGAGGGCGCCGCCGUCGCUGCCAGCAAGGCGUUGCAGAAAGUCAGGGCUAUCCCGACUCACAUGUCGACAUCCUGCCCCGCGACAGCGCGGCAGCCGAUCGCCCCGCUGACCCCCAGUGGCUACUCGAAGACCGACGGCAAGUCGGCGGCCGAGUCGUACAACCAGUUCCAGAUCUCUCAGUCGAGCAUGUCGUCGUACAUGUUUGGCAACGCGAGCUACAGCGCGCAGGGCUCCGAGAACAUCCAGUCGGUGCUCGCCGGUGCCGCCGCCGCCAACGGCCAGCCCCCGCCGUCAUCCGCGUCGCAGUACACAGCGCCCCCGGGGCCCCCGCCGUCUACCGUCUCCUUCGGCUACGGCACGUACUCGCAGCAGGGCUACGCGGCACCGUCCUACCCGCCGCCGCCCGCCGCCGCGCCCCCGCCGGGCCAGUACUACGACUACUCGCAGUACCAGUACCAGCCGCCACCCUCGGGGCCGCCGCCGCCUGCGCAGUACCAGCAGUACGCAGCGCCAAUGGGUUACCCGCAGGGGCCACCGCCCGGGCAGGGUCAGGUCGCGGCGGUGGCGCCUCCGCCGGCGAAGACGGGUCGGCUGAACGAGAUUAAGAAGCAGAAGAAGCAAUCGUACGGCAACAUCAAGAGGCUGACGUGAGGCGGCGGUCGCCGUGGCAACUCGCUCUCUCUCCAUCUCGCUCGAACCCUGCAUUCUCCUCCCUGCGCGCACGUGGCGUUUCUCUUCGCUCGUUUCGGGGUGCGAUUCAGAUUUUCGUGCUGCAGAGGAAAAGUGUGAUUCAGUGUCGUGAACUAAGACUAGGUGUCGUCAGUGAGGAAUGCACUCGGACCGUUCCCCUUUUAUUUAAAAGGGGAGGCUUUUCUUCGGGGACAUUCUGCAUUCGUUUCGUAGUGCAAUUCUGGUUUCAUGAUACAGAGGAAAUGUGUCUGGAUCUUGGUGUCAUGAACUAAGCCUGGGGGUCGUCCAUCAGUUAAGGAUGCACGUGCAUCUUUUGAUUUCCUCCCCGGAUAAAUCAUUCCACUCAUUAAUGCGAUAUGUGGAUAAAUCAAGUAAUCUGCUAUAAAUUGCAAUGCUAGGAUCAAGACCAGGCACUCUUGUCGUCAAAAGCCAUUAUUUUAAGGAUGCCGCAAGUGGCAGUGAGGUCAGAUGAGUGAUGAGCUUUGCCUGAAAAUAAACGGUGUGUAUUCAUUUAAUAAGCAAGCUGUAACACAAUGUUGUUUAUUUCAUGCCAUCCACAGGUUAGGGUUAUACAUUGAGUCCAAUGUAUGUAUGUCAUAUGUAAUAUACAUAAAAGAAACUUGUUGCAUGCUUAGAACUCA